AUGCAGAAAAUUCGCGACGAUAUCACCGAAGUUCGUUCUGGCUUGGCCGAAAAAUUCGUUAUGCUUGUUGGAAAGUUAACUGGCUUGGAAAGACGGAUUGAAGGUUUGGAGUCCAGUGGUGGGGGUGAUACAAGAAGGAUUAGAAAUGAAUUACAGGAGCUGAAGAGUAAAGCUAGAGACCUCACUACUGAAUGCGACAACUUGCGUGAACGGAAUAUGAGUUUAGAACGAGAAGUGAGAGAUAAGGUCUCAAUUAUUGAUCGUUUGCGAAGUAGGAUGGAUCAAAUGGAUGAGUCUCUUGCUCUGAAUACAGUCAAAAUUACCGAUCUGGAAUCCCAAAGAGGUCCGCGUGCACAACACAUUAUCCAUAGUUACAAUGGCACUUUACUGUGGAAGAUUGAAAGCUACCAGAGAAAACGGCAAGAUGCUAUCAAUGGGGUGAAGUCCACCUUUCUACAGCGCUCAGUAUGGUUACAAGAUGUGUGCUAA